AAUAAACCUUAAAGAGGUGACUACUGUCAUGUCUUGUCUGUGGCGUCUCUAUUACUGACUGCGUACAAAUAAAGACUCGAUAGUUUUGAACUAGCUAGCUUGUAGAGCUACAUUUGUUCACACGUUGCAUUUGAUAAUCAGGACUUGGUAUAAAGAAUGAGAAGAGUUACCUUAUUUGCUAACGGUACAUCCAAAAAUGGCAAGGUUGUAGCUGUAUAUGGGACCUUGUCCGACUUGCUAUCUGUAGCCAGCAAUAAGUUGGGAAUCAGAGCUUCCAAUUUUUACAAUGGAAAAGGUGGUCAUAUAGAUGAUAUAACUCUUAUCAGGGAUGAUGACGUGUUGUAUGUCUCAGAGGGAGAUCCCUUUGUCGACCCACAGAGUGAUAUUAAGACGUCCAGCUCACAGCCUGGGGCACAGACUGAUUGGUUGACUCUAAAUAUUGGUGGACGUAUUUUUACUACCACACGGAGCACCUUAGUCAGCAAGGAGCCAGAGAGCAUGCUUGCACACAUGUUCCGGGAGAAGGAUGUUUGGGGGAACAAGCAGGAUGAACAUGGGGCCUACCUAAUCGACCGCAGUCCUGAAUACUUUGAACCUAUUCUCAAUUAUCUGCGUCAUGGCCAGCUCAUUAUAAAUGAAGGAAUUAAUUUACUUGGGGUAUUAGAGGAGGCACGCUUUUUUGGAAUUGAACAGCUUGCAGAGCAGUUAGAAGUAGCAAUGAAGAACAUCCAGCCGGCUGAUGACCACUCCCCCAUUUCUCGCAAAGAGUUUGUUCGGUUCCUAUUGGCCACGCCCACCAAAUCCGAGCUUCGCUGUCAGGGUCUGAAUUUCAGUGGGGCGGAUUUUUCUCGGUUGGAUCUGCGCUACAUAAAUUUUAAGAUGGCCAACCUCAGUCGCUGCAACUUGGCACACGCCAACCUGUGCUGUUCUAACCUGGAGCGAGCGGACCUGUCAGGGGCCAACUUGGAUGGUGCUAACUUACAGGGGGUGAAGAUGCUCUGUUCCAACGCUGAGGGGGCCUCGCUGAAAGGAUGCAACUUUGAGGAUCCGUCUGGAUUGAAGGCCAAUCUCGAGGGUGCUAAUCUGAAAGGUGUCGACAUGGAAGGAAGUCAGAUGACGGGUAUUAACCUUCGUGUGGCCACUCUGAAAAAUGCUAAGCUGAAAAACUGUAACCUGCGGGGUGCCACGUUAGCAGGAACAGAUUUAGAGAACUGUGACCUGUCUGGUUGUGACCUACAAGAAGCCAACCUGAGAGGCUCCAAUGUGAAAGGAGCCAUCUUCGAAGAGAUGCUGACUGCACUGCACAUGUCUCAGAGCGUCAGAUAAGUCUGCUCGUUAACCCCCGACACAUUCCACCUGGGCCCAGCCCAAACCGCCAGCCCUCCCCCCGCCCAAUCACACCUAGACGCCAUGGAACUUCCUGUUCCUCUACUUGAUGCACAUCCAUGGCAUUCCACCCCGUUUCUUAAUUUUUUAGCUUUAAAUCUCUUGCACUGUAGCACUCUCCAUGGUUCUUGACCCUUAGUUGUCCCCAAAACCAAAAUAUCUAAUGUUGGAACGUGUGUUUAAUCCUCUGUCUACCUUGCAAUCCUAGCAGUGACAUUUUUUCAUAGUUUAUGCUUUGCACAUAAAUAUCUAUUUUGUAACUUGACAGCAUUUGUGUAAGCAAAAAAUGAUGUUGAGAAUGGGAUUCCACCCUCCAGGCUCGGCUUUAUGGGACAUAAAUCUAGGCUGGAAAGGCCAAAGACUGAUGUGAUGAGUAACUGUCGCUGUGCAACUACAUUUAUAUCAAAGAACCUAUUGUUCAGGUAGCCUAUGCUUUAAGAUGACAUUUUUUUUUAUGAACAACAAGCCAUAAUAAAACAUGGUCAACUUGGCCAAAUAUUUUAUCAGAGUGCACCACACAAAUACUAUGCUAUGGAAUAUUCUGGAAAGAGGCUCUAAACAAACUUAUGCAAUGUACUCUUUCCAGCGUUCACUUGUCGGCUUGUGAUUCUCUUGAAUAGUAUAGUCUGUCUUUUGUUUUUGUGUUCUGUGAAUCUACCUCCUGUUUACCCUGCCAGACUGAUUUGUAUUUGCAUGCAUUUCACUGUGGUUCUGCUUAUCGUUGACGUGUUACAUUGCAUCUGCCAUUCUCUAUAUUCAAAUGUUAUAGCAAAUAAUUCACCUGUAAUGUAGUUUGAUGGAAGGAAGAGUUUAUGUUAUUAUAUACUGUCUGUGUCAUGUUCUAGCUCUGUUAGGAGAAGGAUAGUUAUGGAACCACAGUCGUCCAGUGUGGACCAACUAAUGGACUGGGCAUAUCAUUCAAUCAUGUUUUGAACUUAACGCUUUGCACAAAUAUGUACAAAAUGGUCAAACUGUUAUGUCACACUUAAUCAAAAACACCAAAAAUGUGUAUGGUGCUUGUAGAUGGUAACCUAAUGCAUUUCCAAACCAGGGCUUCCAAGCAAUCAACGUCAGUAGGAUAAAUGUUAUUACUGCUGGACUGUGUUAGUCACAGAAACAAUCGUAUCUUAGUUCUUUAAGGACAGUGUCUGCAUUUUUUAAGACUGAGUGUAAUCAUCUUUGAUGAGUGAAGUUUUCUCUUGCUGUAGCAUAAAGCUCUUCAGAUGCAACAUUUGCUCUGUUCUAAAGUAGGUGCCCUGCCUAUGCAGAUAAUGAAGGCAAUCAUGCAGAAUAUUGCACCUUGAGUG